GCUUCUUCUUCACAUCCCUGUUUCCUCUCUCUCUUUCUACUCUAUUCUACCCAUCAAUCUCAACAAACACUUCUCUCUCUCCUUUUCAUAUCCAUUACACAUAUUCAUAUCAUUCCAAAGUAAUCCCCACAAAUCAUAUCAUCCUCUCCAUCCUUCCUUCUCACAAUCUCUCCAAACUCUAAAUCUCUCUCUGGGUAGUCUUACUUCAAAAAGACUCCCCAAGUCCAAAUGAUGAUGAGGAAUCCGGAUAUUGCUACGGUCAAAGACAGGAACAAGCCAAAUAAUGCAUGUGGAGGUAAUAACAACAAACAGAAGCUAAGAAAGGGACUUUGGUCUCCUGAUGAAGACGAGAAGCUCAUAAGGUAUAUGUUGACCAAUGGACAAGGAUGUUGGAGUGACAUUGCUAGGAAUGCUGGUCUCUUACGUUGUGGCAAAAGUUGUCGCCUUCGUUGGAUCAAUUACUUGAGGCCUGAUCUUAAACGCGGUUCUUUCUCUCCUCAAGAAGAAGAUCUCAUUUUCCAUUUGCAUUCCAUUCUUGGUAACAGGUGGUCUCAAAUAGCUACUCGGCUUCCAGGAAGGACAGACAACGAGAUCAAAAACUUUUGGAACUCAACAUUGAAGAAGAGGCUUAAGAACAACAACAACAACACUUCUUCAGGUUCAUCACCUAACAAUAGUAAUAGUAACUCUUUGGAACCAAUAGAUCAACAUGUGGACAUGGGAGACAACUCAAAUCCAAUGAUGGAUAACUAUCAUCAUCAAGAUGACAUGAUGAUAGUGGGGAACUCCAUGCGCAUGGAUUCUUCCUCAUUCAGUUUUGCACCCGUGGUUGGUGGUGUGGGCUUAAACGGUCUUGAUUCAUUGAUAUCAGUACCGGAUCAUAACCAAUAUCAACAACAUACGGGAAACACAGGGACCAACGUUAACGGGUUAGGAGAUUAUGGAAGCGCAAUUAUUGAUCCGAUCAGCAAUAGAGCAUCAGUAGAAAGUGAAUGGUUUCUUCCCCCGUCAGAGAAUACCAAUAUCAUUGCUUGUACCACAAGCAACAACCUAAACUUAGAAGCCCUUGAUCCUUGCUUCAGUAGCAAAUAUAUGUGUCAUUCAGAAAGCUUCAAAGUAGGGAACAUUAUGGGUAUGGAGAAUAGUUCUUGGGAAAUAGAAAACCCUAAAAUUGGAGACUGGGAUUUGGAUAGUCUCAUCGAUAACAACUCUUCUUUCCCCUUCCUUGAUUUCCAAAUUGAAUGACAAAUAUCUACUCUUGCACUAUAUUUUCUUUUUACUCAUUGGUCCAUAUACAUUCUUCAAUUUCCUCUAUAUUUCUUCCUAUCAAUGACGGUAUAUCCUCUUCUAUACCUUUUUUUUU